CUCUUAGCGUCACACGUCUUUCAAGUGACGUCAAAGUGUCUGCAGGUGUUGGAAGAGGCGCAGUAUUGGCGUAAGUGACGCUUAAAACGGCUUUUACGAUGGCUUCAGCUACAGAUAACCGUUAUGGACAAAAGGAGUCUUCCGACCAGAACUUUGAUUACAUGUUCAAAAUCCUGAUCAUCGGGAACAGCAGCGUAGGAAAGACCAGCUUUCUGUUUCGUUAUGCAGACGACUCCUUCACGCCAGCAUUUGUGAGCACGGUGGGCAUCGACUUCAAGGUGAAGACCAUCUACAGAAACGACAAGAGGAUAAAGCUGCAGAUCUGGGACACAGCAGGACAGGAACGCUACAGGACCAUCACCACGGCCUACUACCGCGGAGCAAUGGGCUUCAUCCUCAUGUACGACAUCACCAACGAGGAGUCUUUUGCCGCAGUGCAGGACUGGUCCACACAGAUUAAGACGUACUCGUGGGAUAAUGCCCAGGUGCUGCUAGUGGGCAACAAGUGUGACAUGGACGAUGAGAGGGUGGUGGCUUCUGAGAGGGGACGACAGCUCUCCGAGCAUCUCGGCUUUGAGUUUUUUGAGGCCAGUGCCAAGGACAACAUUAAUGUUAAGCAAACCUUCGAGCGACUGGUUGACAUCAUUUGCGAGAAGAUGUCAGAGAGCCUGGAUGCCGGCGAUCCUGCAGUGACGGGAGCCAAACAGGGGCCGCAGCUCACGGAGCAGCCCACCGCUCCGCACCAGGACUGCGCCUGCUGAAAAUCUCACGGCUCUAUCUGCACUGCCUCGCACCGACACACAAAAACCACCCGUUUAGGUUCUUGAAAAAACAAAACAAGGAACACAAAACACUCAGUUCCCAUACUGCUGUCUCUGGCCACACCCUCUAGCCCCUCCUCCUCCUCUCCAAAUCAUUUUGACAUCUCAAAUUUAAUGAUGUAAUUCAACAUGCAGUCCAUUCUGUUUUAAAUGGAAAGCCUUAGCGCUCUUUUAAAGGGAAGUUAACCUAAAAAUGAAAAAAAAAUUAUUUAAUUAUUUGCUCACCCUCAUCUUGUUCCAAACCUGUAUGAGGAUUGAACACACAGGACAUUUGGGGGAAAAAAAAAAACUGUUUGGUGACCAACAUUCUUUCAAAUGUUUUCAUUUGUGUUCAUCUGACAAAAGAAACUCAUAAGGGCUUGGAACAACUUGAGGAAGCAUUAAUAAUGACACAAUUCUCAUAUUUAGGUGAACUAUCCCUUUAAGGGUUUAAUUAGGCCUGAAGUUAUGAUUAAGCCCAGAUUAUGUUUUAAAGACUUUAUAAUUAGGCCAAAAUUUAAAUUUUAGAAUUUUCUGAAUCGGGCAUCUGGAAUACGUUUGCGAUGCCUUCAUUUUACUUCAUAUUUUAACAUUUUUUCUUCUUCUACUCUUCAAUAUCGUUAAAUUAUUAAUGAACAAAUAUAAAAAAGUGAAACGGACAGAGUUUUCUGUAUAUUUAUUCCAAAAAGUGUACAUAAUAAAUACAGUAUUUAAAUGAUACAGUUAGAAAUAUAUAUCUAAAACGUUUGUUAUUUUUUUGAAAUUCUGACAAAUAUACAGGAAGAUGUUUUCAUGGUAAUUCUUUGCAGUGCUCGUCACAAACGUUUCUUGCUUAUUUGUAUCUGUGACAUUGUAUCUUGUUCACUGCCUUGCCUCAUGUCAUUUCAGUCCUGGGACUGGAAGCCAGAUAUCAUACACAAACAUUCCUUAAUGUAAAUUUGCAUGGAAGGAAAUAAAGCCAUUUAGGCAAAUAGUGGUAGCAUUCCUUUCUCAAUGCUUCGUUAGGUCUAGUCAAGUGUAUUUCUAGUCAAAAUCCGAGUUUGAUUUGUGGCCAUGCUGUUGCUUAUUUCAUUAUAGCAGCAGAGCUAUAAGCUCGAAAUACGUACAAUCAACGAUACUCUUAUACGCUCUCAAAAAUUAGCUGAAGUUACUGAGAUUUUGACUGGCAUUUCCUAUGAUGACUUUUUGGACUGGCGUGUCCUGUGAAAUAUUUUACGUGGCUAUUAGGCCUGCAACUAUAAUGCAAAAAUCAGUUUGCAAAAAAAAAAAAAAAAAAAGUAUUAAUGUUUACAUGUGCAAGAUCCUCCCUGAUUAUUCCUGCAUCUUUCCUUUGCUAUUCUGUCUUCCUUUAGUGAAAACAUUACUGUAAAUUACAUUUGAGUCUUUGGUUUUAUGUGUGGACUGUGUUGUAUCGAGUAUGGGCUUUUAAAAAAAAUCUAGGUGAUAUUAACAAAACAUAUAUAUUAAAAGAGGAUUUAAAGGAUGUUCUUUACCUGCUGUUGUGUAUGCCUGCUUGUGAAUGAAUGUGUCACUUUAUUACAGAGCAAUAUUGAAGAAAUUACCUUUUCAUGCAUUGCAGAUUAUUUAUCAUUCUGUUAACAGAACAUUUUCGUAGGAUGGACUGUUUGAAGAAGUGGUUUAAUUCCUAGUCGCUGUUGCAAACCAAAGCAGGCAGAUAAACUGACUCUGACGUCUACUGUGGAGCAGGUUUUCUGAAAUCCAAAAGCGAGACUGUAUUUGUGGCGAAUAUUGUUUAUUUAAAAAAAAAAAUAAUGAAGUCAGCAGAACCAUUGCUACAUCGGUGAGACCUAGGAUGAGUUGUUUGUAGGUGGGUCCUAUUUUGGCCUAAAAAACUGAUAAUAUACAGUAGAUAGAGGACCUUGGUGAGCCCCUCCAGGUUCAGAUCAGUUCAUCAAGAGUUGGUUCUCCAUUUCCUACAUUUAUUUUAUCUAGAAUUAUUUUUAUUCAUGCUUUCCAUUGGUUUUUUUUUUUCUUCUGAUAAUCGAGUGUAAUGUACAAGAAAAAAAAACACUAAUAGUACUGUACGUACAAAAUGUCCAGUGGUGAAAUUUACCAAAUCAACUGUCUACUGUAUGUUGUGAAAAUGACAAAUAAAAGUUUGUGCCGUUUACUUGAG